GAAGUGCAUCCUCGCUGUCCCCACUCUCCCUCGGCGAGCAGCCGGGGCGCACGGACCGACGGACUGACGGACUCGCGCGCCGCUCGCGCUGCUGGGGGGCGCUGGCACCGGGCGUCGACGGCCAGCUCCAGCCCUCCCAGCCCCGUCGCGCCCCGCCCCGUCCCGUCGGGGCCGAUGGCUCCUCCCGAGGCCCGCAACCCGGGGGGCGCAGGGUAGAGCCUCGCGGCCCGGCCACACAGCCCGGGGACUCCCGGGCCCUCCCGGAGCCCCGCGGAGUCCCCGCCGUCCGUCCGGCGGGCUCAGGGAGCGAGUGGGAGCGCCCUCCCCCCGCCGCCCCCUCCCCCGAGCGUCGAGACAAGAUGCUGCCCGGGCUCGGGCGCCUGCUGCAAGGUCCCGCCUCGGCCGGCCUCCUGCUGAUGCUCCUGGCCCUGCCCCCAGCGGCCCCCAGCUGCCCCAUGCUCUGCACCUGCUACUCGUCCCCGCCCACCGUGAGCUGCCAGGCCAACAACUUCUCCUCGGUGCCGCUGUCCCUGCCGCCCAGCACGCAGCGACUCUUCCUGCAGAACAACCUCAUCCGCACGCUGCGGCCCGGCACCUUCGGGCCCAGCCUGCUCACCCUGUGGCUCUUCUCCAACAACCUCUCCACCAUCUACCCGGGCACCUUCCGCCACCUGCAGGCCCUGGAGGAGCUGGACCUCGGUGACAACCGGCACCUGCGCUCUCUGGAGCCCGACACCUUCCAGGGCCUGGAGCGGCUGCAGUCGCUGCAUCUGUACCGCUGCCAGCUCAGCAGCCUGCCCGGCAACAUCUUCCGCGGCCUGGUCAGCCUGCAGUACCUCUACCUCCAGGAGAACAGCCUGCUCCACCUACAGGAUGACCUGUUCGCGGACCUGGCCAACCUGAGCCACCUCUUCCUGCACGGGAACCGCCUGCGGCUGCUCACGGAGCACGUGUUCCGCGGCCUGGGCAGCCUGGACCGGCUGCUGCUGCACGGGAACCGGCUGCAGGGCGUGCACCGCGCGGCCUUCCGCGGCCUCAGCCGCCUCACCAUCCUCUACCUGUUCAACAACAGCCUGGCCUCGCUGCCCGGCGAGGCGCUCGCCGACCUGCCCGCGCUCGAGUUCCUGCGACUCAACGCCAACCCCUGGGCGUGCGACUGCCGCGCGCGGCCGCUCUGGGCCUGGUUCCAGCGCGCGCGCGUGUCCAGCUCCGACGUGACCUGCGCCACCCCCCCGGAGCGCCAGGGCCGCGACCUGCGCGCCCUCCGCGACGCCGACUUCCAGGCCUGCCCGCCCGCCGCGCCCACGCGGCCCGGCAGCCGCGCCCGCGGCAACAGCUCGUCCAACCACCUGUACGGGGUGGCCGAGGCCGGGGCGCCCCCCGCCGACCCCUCCACCCUCUACCGAGACCUGCCCGCCGAAGACCCGCGGGGGCGCCAGGGCGGGGACGCGCCCACGGAGGACGACUACUGGGGGGGCUACGGGGGCGAGGACCAGCGGGGGGAGCAGACGUGCCCGGGCGCUGCCUGCCAGGCGCCCCCGGACUCCCGCGGCCCCGCGCUCUCGGCCGGGCUGCCCACCCCUCUGCUUUGCCUCCUGUUCCUGGCGCCCCACCACCUCUGACUGCGGUGCUGAGACUGAAGAGGCCAUCGUCACCCCCAGCCCCCCCCCCC